AGAUAUGUAUUUUUUGCCGUCGCCCGGCUCUGCUGCCAUCUACGUCUCCCUCCUGCUUGGCUGCACCUGGCUCUGCUCAGCUGUCGAACUCCCCACAGCUAAGCGCCCUGUGCAUGGCAAAGGACGAGUCUUGAUCUCUCUCACUCCCCAAGAAGAAGCUGAAUGCCCCGGCGCCUCUGUGGAAGCUUUUCUCAACAGCACUGUGACCACUCGUGUCCUCCCUGCUCUCUACUGUGUGAUUCUGCUUGUCGGGCUGCCAGCCAAUGCUCUGGCCUGCUGGGUCCUGGUGACCAAGUUCAGGAGAUGUUCCACCACCUUCUUCCUGCUUAACCUGGCCAGCGCUGACCUGCUUUUUGUCCUCCUGCUGCCCUUCAAGAUCUCCUACCACCUCUUGGGCAACCAGUGGCUCUUUGGGGACUACCUGUGCCGCACCAUGGUAGCCCUCUUCUAUGGGAAUAUGUACAGCUCUAUCCUAUUUCUCACCUGCAUUGGCCUGGAGCGCUGCAUCUCUGUGGUGCACCCGUUCUUGUGGAAGGGGUCCAGGUGGAUGUGGGGCAGGGUGGGUGUCUGUGUGGGGAUCUGGCUGGCAGUGGGGCUGGGCAUGAGCCCAUUGCUCUUCAGCCCCCAGACAAAGUACAUCUCAGGGCUGAACAUCACUACUUGCCAUGAUGUCCUAGACAAAGAUGACCAGAAGUUCAUGUUUUAUUAUUUCCUCUCCCUGGUAGGGCUGGGCUUUGGCAUGCCCUUUGUGCUCAUGAUCAUCUCCUAUGGCUGCAUCCUGGUGCGGCUGGUGGCCAAGAGGAGAAACUAUGGGCACGUGGUACGUCUCCUGGCUCUGGUCCUCCUAGUCUUCAUCCUCUGUUUCACCCCCAGCAAUGUACUGCUCUUUAACCACUAUGUGCUGGGUGCCACAGGAUGCCGCAACAUCACCUACAUCUGGUAUGUCCUGGCACUGGUGCUCAGCGCCUUCAACACCUGCUUUGAUCCCUUCAUCUACUUCUAUGUCUCCAGGGAUUUUCGGGCCUACAUCUGGGGUGAAGGCACCUGCUGCCCCAGGCAACUCAAGACCUCAACAAGGAAAGCCUCUGAGAAGGCAGCCUUGCCCCUGAGGUCCAGCGAGCAGAGCCAGCCCUAG